AUGGCAACAGCUGGCCUUGAAGAGAAAAAAAAAGAGAAGUGGUCGAGUUACAUUCGUGGACUUGUUACGUCCUCUCCUUCUCCAGCAGCAGAUGAAUAUGCUAGUGCUACUGCUGAUAACGAGAGUGGCCCUCCGAGACCGCAAGAAGAAUCGUUGCAAAAGGCGGUUGAUGAUGAGGAAGCGGAGUCGGAAGAAACGGAGGAGUAUUAUGUUGAUCCUGGAAAGCAUGAAUAUAUGAAAGUAUUCGCUUGCUCUGAUUCGGAGCAAUUGGCUUCGGAAAUAUGUGCGAAUUUGGCCACCACAGAAGGGAGGGUGUAUACGGGAAAGUUUGCUGAUGGUGAAGUCAUAGUUGAUAUUGUCGAUGAAGUGCGAGGCCAGGAUUGUUUUAUUAUACAACAAUUUCCUAUUAGCAAGAAGAGUGGGGUCUCUCGCAUUGAAGGUCGUGAUUGCAUUAUCGUUGAUGACAUCAUCGACAGCGGGAAGCGGAUGUCACGCACGGUGGAAGAACUGCGACAACACGGUGCUAGAAGAAUUUAUAUGUACGCCACGCACGGCGUGUUGUCGCCGGCCGCGAUGGAGCGCAUCAACCGUAGAGGAGUGACCGAGGUGGUUAUUACUAACUCGUUACCAUUCCCGGAGCAGGCUCGGAAAUGUGAAAAAAUCAGAGUGCUUUCUUUGGGUCAAGUUUUGGCUGAAGUGAUGUUGCAAAUCUACGAACAGAAAUCGGUCUCGCAAAUGUUUUGGGUGAGUACGGGUCGGGAGAAUCUUGAGGUUGUCAUGGAUAAUCAGAAGAAAGAGGGCAGCAAACGUCCCAGCGGUACGGCCACUGUCUAG